UUUCUUUGUUUAACAACCUCAUACACACCCGGUUUCAGUUAUAUAUUCUUAGUUUAGUUAUUAAUUUUCCUUCGCUCUUAAGCCUAUGUCAGAAUGGAGAUUGGUUGAUUUAAAUUUCAAUUUAAACUUUUAAAAUUAGAUAUCAUUUAAUUCUUAUAUUUUCACUAUUUUUGUUUGAAAACAGUCUGAAUUUCGCAAAUUCAAUUUAUUUGUAUAAACAAUAACAUUUCAAAUUUCGGAUACUGUUUAGUACUGAAAUGCAGACGCAUCUUUCUUUUCUUGUUUGCAUUUUCCAGUUCGGCUGUCCCCACUGUCAACUGUAAUCUAAUGCGUUUUUUUAUUUUAGAUUCUAAUUGGAUUUUAAUUAUUCGAAAGUAACUAUUGAUUUCGUUUAAUUGGAAAUAUGGGACGUAAGAAAUUGUGUUUAAGCAUCGAAGAACAAAAGGCUCGAGUUAAGAAGUACAAUGAUAGUCGAAGAAAAGGAAUGAAAUCUUUCGGACUAUUUUCUAGAGGUUCGAAUAACUCAGGAGACGGUUCUAAACAGAAAAGUUCUGAAAUUGCUGUGACUAAAAGUAUGAAGCGAAAAAGAGAUGAAAGUUGUUCUCGGUGCCCAGAGAUCCACGAUCAACCAGCUGAUUCAUUUGAUGUUGAACCAGAUUUCAACCAAACUAAUUCCUGCAAAGUGCUCUUGAAAGUUCUGCUGUUUUAGAACAAAAACUUGGACUGUCUAGUGAAAUGAUGAAAUUAGCCAAUGUCCGGCUGGACAAAAUGAAGAAGGACAAAAGAGCAAAUAUGGAUGAAAAUGAA